CUCCUCUGUGUUUAGAGAGAGUGUGAGUGUGCAGAGCUAGCUUCUUCACUUAGCCAACCGAGUUUUGGAUUGAUGGGUCCAUUAUCCCCUUCAUAAACUCAAUCUUUUUUCGUAGACGACACGAUCCGACUGUGCCGCUUCUUUCCUUUCUCUCUCUCAAAAGCUGUAAAAAUCCAGAGAAAUUCAUUAAUGGACUUGUACGAAGGAAUGCCGGCCGAUAUCAGGCAAUACAUCACCGGCGGAAGACCACCUCAGUUCCCGGCCGCAAUCCCUACUCCACCGCCGUACCGGAAUCAUCUAACCCAGAACGUCUCUUUUCUUCCUACCCACCAGGUUACUGAUACAAUGUCUCUUAGAGGAAUAGGAGGGAUUCAUCAUAAUUUUCAGUCUGAUUGCGCCGCCACCGCAGUUGGGUUUGAAGUUGAACCGGUCAUAUGUGGUUUUGGAGGAGGGGAUCCCGGUGCAGGUAGGUGGCCUAGACAAGAAACAUUAACCCUUCUUGAGAUUAGAUCAAGACUUGAUGCCAGAUUCAGGGAAGCUAAUCAGAAAGGCCCACUUUGGGAUGAAGUCUCAAGGAUAAUGGCGGAGGAACAUGGAUAUCAUAGAAAUGGGAAGAAAUGUCGAGAAAAGUUUGAAAACUUGUACAAGUAUUACAAAAAGACUAAGGAUGGAAAAGCUUGUAGGCAAGAUGGCAAACACUAUAGAUUCUUUCGUCAACUCGAAGCUCUCUAUGGUGGCGGUGAAAGCAGCACUAACCACCACCAACAUCUUCAAUCUCAAAUCCACACUUCAAAUCCAAAAACCCAAGAAACAACCUUCCAAAUUCCGAAACAACUCUCCAAUCAUAGCCUCAGCCUUUCUAACUCGUCCGAAUACUUCGACACAUCUUCUUGUUACGACGACGAUGACGAAGACGUCGAGAAGAAGAAGAAGAGGCGGGGAUCGUCGUGGAAGGGGCAGAUAAAGAGCUUCAUCGAUUCCCAAAUGAAGAAGCUAAUGGAUAAGCAAGAAGAAUGGCUAGAGAAAAUGAUGAGCACUAUUGAAAAAAAGGAACAAGAGAGAAUGAUGAAAGACGAAGAGUGGAGGAGACAAGAGGUUGCUCGUGUCGAAAGGGAACGCGAGUUUUGGACAAGGGAGAGAGCUUGGAUCGAAGCUCGUGACGCUUCUCUAAUGGAAGUGUUGCAUAAGCUAGCCGAAGGAGGAAACAAUAACAUGAAGGCUUCUUCAUCAUCGUCUCCUCGUCAUGAACAAAGUCUAUUAGGACGCGAUAUCACUUCACUGUUCAACCAACAAAGCCAACAAAGCUGGUCGGAAAGUGAAGUGUUGAGGCUAAUACAUUUGAGAACCGAAAUGGAUACUAGGUUUGGACAGUUAUUGGCUGAUUGUUGCAACGAGGAUGUUUUAUGGGAAGAAAUAGCAGCAAAUAUGUCGUAUAUGGGAUGUGAUCAAAGAAACAGACAAAUGUGCAAGGAGAAGUGGGAAAGUAUUAGCCAUUAUAUAAAGAAACCAAAGAAUUAAUCAAGGAUUGACCUAGUUCUUGAAUGAUCAUAUAUAUAUAUAUAAAUAUAUAUGAAUUAUAUUAUAAAGAUUGCUACUUUAUAUGUAUUGGAUUCUUGAUAAAUUUAUAUAUUAUAUAUAUAUAUAGGUAGAGAGAUGAUGAUGAUGAUGUCUAUAGGUAGAUAAGCUAUCUGACUUGAUUCUCAUGUGACAUGAAAUUACUCAUCUUGUCUACCAGUGAUUGUUAUGACAAUACUAUAAGCUAUGUAGCUAUUAUUCUAUAUAGUUAAUAGCUAGCUAGUAC